AUGCAGUGUAGUUGUUUAGCUUUGCGUCUCAAUGCAGUCGGGUGGAACUGUAAUGAUCGAUGUCAAAUGAUCAUGAACUAUUCUCAGAACAACAUUGGGCUAGUACACUCAAGCGAUACAACAUAUUCUUUUCUGAUUAUUCCUCCUAAACAGCCAACAACAUCAUCGUCUACGACAACAACAACAUCAUCAUCCACGACGACAACAACAACAACAACAUCGUCGUCAUCCACUAGAACAACAUCAUCGUCUACGAAAACAACAUCAUCGUCAUCCACGACAACAACAACAACAUCGUCGUCAUCCACUAGAACAACAUCAUCGUCCACGACAACAACAACAACAACAUCGUCGUCAUCAUCCACGACGACAACUGCAACAAUACAAAGUUUACAAUCAGCUCAAAUCUCCCCCGGAUCUUUAACGAUAGCCUAUUGGACGAUGUACUCGUACUCUUAUCUAGCAACGAGAUCAACAACUGUGACUCUUAAAUUUGCUUUUCUAGCAUCUGUUUCUUACGCAUGGUUUCUCGAUGAUAUCUCAGUACGAAGCUCAGAUGGAAACGACAAAUUAACCAAUGGUAACUUUGAGGCGUCAUCAUCGUUAGUUGCAUGGUCAUCAGGUAACACAGGAGUGUGUCUAUCUAACUACGGAUUAACAACAAGUCAAUAUCACUCGUCGAGCAAAUCCUUUUAUUCUGCGUGCGGCUUAGGAUCACCUUGGAUAUCUCAAUCGUUGACUGUUACAAGUGGUCAACUUUAUAACGUUAGUUUUUGGGUUUAUUUGCAACAGAUUUUGCCGAUAGGAUUUGGAAGUGAACAAAUUACUGUGAACAUUCAAUAA